UUCUGGCACAAAGCAUGCUUCCACUGCGAGACCUGCAAGAUGACCCUGAACAUGAAGAACUACAAGGGCUACGAGAAGAAGCCCUACUGCAACGCACACUACCCCAAGCAGUCCUUCACCAUGGUGGCCGACACCCCGGAAAACCUUCGCCUCAAGCAGCAGAGCGAGCUUCAGAGCCAGGUGCGCUACAAGGAGGAGUUUGAGAAGAACAAGGGCAAAGGCUUCAGCGUGGUGGCGGACACCCCCGAGCUCCAGAGGAUCAAGAAGACCCAGGACCAGAUCAGCAACAUAAAGUACCACGAGGAGUUUGAGAAGAGCCGCAUGGGCCCCAGCGGUGUCGAGGGCGUGGAGCCAGACCGCAGGGACGUGCAGGACAGCGGCAGCUACCGGCGGCCCCCGGAGCAGCAGCCACAGCUGCACCACAUCCCGACCAGCGCCCCCGUUUAUCAGCAGCAGCAGCAGCAACAGGCAACCCCAUCCUAUGGUGUGCCCUCGGGCCCCGGCUCCGUACAGCGCAGCGCCCCAGGCGGCGGUGGGAAGCGGUACCGUGCAGUGUACGACUACAGCGCCGCCGACGAGGACGAGGUCUCCUUCCAGGACGGGGACACCAUCGUCAACGUGCAGCAGAUCGACGACGGCUGGAUGUACGGGACCGUGGAGCGCACGGGUGACACGGGGAUGCUGCCCGCCAACUACGUGGAGGCCAUCUGAGCCCGCGCCCGCCGCGCCCUCCCGCGAGGUGGCCUCGCGUCCCCCUGGCAACCGUCGCCUUCCAUGUCUGUCUGUUAAGAUCUGCAACAGCUUGUUUGUCCCCGCCCCUCUUCCAGCUGCUUCGGCCUUGUUCUGCCACCGUAGUGGCUCCCUCUGUGGCCAGUCUCCCUCGACCGACUUCUUGGUUUUCUCUCUCUGGAUGAGAGCGGGGCUGGGACGAUGCCACCCGAGGUCGCCUUUCCCGCCCUGGGCCACCCGCCUGUCCUCCAGCCCCAGGCUCCAUCCAUUCGUCCCCUGGCGGAGACCCCGAGGUGGGCCGUCCCUCCCUUCCUCGCCAAGGGGGCUGCUGCGACUAGGGUGCACCCUCCUACCCUCCGCCACCCUCGGGGUGACCGGGGAGCAGCGCCCGCCCCCGCAGGUCUUCCUCCUCCCCUGAGAGUUCGCCUGCUGCCCAGAGAGCGGCUGGGCAGGCGGCUCGGGGUCAGGUUUCUGGCGCAGCUGCAGGAAGAGGGGCGCUGAGCUGCCCCCACAGCCCCCUUCUCCUGCCUGUUCCCAGUCCUCUGGGGACGCCCCCGGCCUCCCCUCCCCUGCCCAGCACCACGAAAGCCCAGAGCUUCCAGCAGCCGGCAGGGACCUUGGUGUCUCCAAGGUGACGCAUGGGGUGGGUGGGUGACAGGUGAGGACCCACAGGGGCAGGGUGAGUGGUGUCCUGGGCACCCGGGGGGGGGGGGAGGAGGUCCACCUGGCCAUAGGCGUGUCCUCUUCCUGGGUCCUGAAGGACCAGACUCACCCGUGCCAGUGGCACCUUGGACCAAUUCCCUGCCCAAGCCUCCCGUGUAGCAAGGUGGGGCGGAGGGCUCCAGAACCGGAAGCAGAUUUCGGGGAGAGACAGGAAGAUGGUGCUAUGCCGAGGGUCCCUCUUCGCACCCGGGCCGGGACGCUCUUCUCCUGGCUUUGUUCAUCUCAAGUCUCGUCGCUCCCCUGGGUCUCUGUCCAGUUUUACCUGGAGUCCGACCACAGCUGGCACCUGGUGCUGGGGAUCAGCGCGGGGCCCCCCACGCGCUCAGCCCCACAGCGGAUGCCUGCCUCAAGCGCCCCGGUCCACGGGUGGGCAGCUGGCGUUACCCUGGGGCUUUGCAGCGGGGGCUGUGUCCUCUUGGUCAGUUUGGGGGGCAGAGGCGACAGAGGGGAAACUCUGGUCUGUUCCAUUUCCUCUUGAUCUCAAAGCACAAUGUGGAUCUGGGGACCAGAGGCCCAGGAUGUGUCUUGUCGAGGGUCGGGGGGCACCUCCCUCCUGAGGGACCAGAGGGGCUGGCGACCCCCAAACUUCCCUUCCUAAUCAAGACAAGCAGCUGUUCCCUCUAUUCCCUGUCCUGGAAGGGGGCGUGUGCGCCUGCAGAGAGGAGGGGCUGUCCCUGGUGCUGGAGGACCCAGGGCCCGGCCCGGAACCAUCCACCCUAAGCACACAAUCUCGGGCUGGGCGGAGCCCUGGUCUUCUUGGGCAGAGGUCUUUUAGCUACUCUCAUCCGGGACCCAGGAGGCCUGGAGCUAGAAUGUGACCAUGACUUUCGGGACCAAUCCCCCACGGUGCACCCGUGGGCUCUCCCAAUACCGUUUCCGGCUUCCCUCUCACCCCUCCAGGGAAAACUUUAGUGCUUCAUUUCUGCCUUUUUUCUUUCACAUAAUGCACUUUUGGGCCUUUUUUUUUUUUUUAUUUUUUUAUAGCUGGAAAAAACAGAACAGCCCCAUCCCACAAGCCUGUAUUUAAAAAGAAACAAGUGACCCUGUGAGAUCUGCCUCUGUCCAAGCAUUUCAUCGUCUGUGUGUGUGUGAAGCGCCGCUCGUCUUUUUAUAUGGGGUUGUCGUCCCUUUCGGUCUGUUUGGUCCCUCCCUUGUGGGCUUGUGCUCCAAAUCCGAUCUUUCGGGCCUGUUAUGAUUUUGAACAUUUGACUUGAACCACAAGUGAAUCUUUCUCCUGGUGACUCAAAUAAAAGUAUAAUUUUUACUGCGGA